GUUAUACAAUCGACAGAAGGUAAAAAGAAAAGUGAAACAGUGAGGGACCGAACCAAGCUCCUGGGACAAAUAUACAAUGGGAGAAAUAGAAUUGAUGAGCCGAACCGGAAUCUCCCUGGGAAUUCUGGCAUGAUGGUCUUGUUGCUUUCCUGCUUCUCUCUCUCCCUCUUCCUUUGCGAACGAACUCUCCAAACAAACCCAAAUCCCGGGGGCUCAAAGAUGCAACUUCUGCGCUACUUGAGUAGGAUAUCCGUUGUAUUGCCGGGGUCAGUUUCCAUAGGCGAUCUCCGGUUAUCCACAGCUCUCACACCCAACGUUUGGCUGCUGCGCGGUCACUUGCGUGAGGUAUUCUGUCCCGUCCGUUCCCUCCCAAAACUGGAUUCCCUGUUUUCCCACCACUCUUCUGACACACACGCACACGUUGCGCACACGCGCCCACACCUGCACACACAACCCCUUGCUGUCGGAUAUCAAGUAAGGCCUCUUUCCCAUUGCUCGCGCGCGGGCCAUUGGUGACUGAGGUUCGGCCCAACACUCUAGUCUCUUUGGUUGACGUUCA